AUGGAUGUAGGAUCUCAGGGGGGCCUGCGCUGUCUGGACAACAACCACACGCACUUUAUUCUGGUGGACGAUGGGACACACGGACGAUGUGGGGUGGAAAUUCCAGUGAGAACUCAGCUGGAGGAAUUCAUCUCUCAGCAAACGAUGCAGAUAGGAGGAAGGGAAAUCUUGGGCAGCAGGAUGGGAGAGCCAAUCAGAGCGGCUGUCAGAGCGGUCAGGGAAUCCGCAACACUAAUUCACAACUUGAGGACGUUUCUUCUUUGUCAGACCAUAUAUAACUCCAUGUGUAAUAACACCCCAUGUGUCAUCGUGGAAGGAUCCGGGCGUGUGGCAAACAUCAUCUCAGAGGUGGCAAAUCUUAGUUCUUCCAAAAUCACCAUUUCCCUCAUCAAGGAGAAACUGCAGAACUAUUUCCAGGAGUCGUACGACACCUUCACCGAAACUCAGAUUAUCACCUGGACCAAGAGAAUACAGGAUAUUGUCUGCAUGGGAUCUCUGCUGACCAUCCUCCGGGAAGAGAAAGAUGGAGGCCAAGGAAUGGACGUGGCCAUGCUGCAAGCUGUGCUGAGAGCGUCUCACAGUGAUGAUGGAGGACAGGAGAAUUGGGAUCGUCAGCUGAAACUCGCCGUAUCCUGGAAUCGGGCAGAUAUUGCAGAGACGCAGAUAUUUAGUGAUGACAGGACCUGGAAGCCCGCUGAUCUUUACCCCAGUCUAAUGGUGUCAUUGAUUGAAGAUAAACCAGCCUUUGUCCACCUCUUUCUGGAUCAUGGAGUGUGUCUCUCGGAGUUCCUCACCACAGAAAGGCUCAUAUGCUUGUACAAUAACACCGACCCGUCCACUCUGAUUUAUAUCAAACUUGUGAGUCUGGCCACUGGUGAAGGAUGGAGUGAAGUUGCACAAUCCACCAUUGGACUACAUCAUGUGUCCGGUAUCCUGCAAGAUCUUCUGGGAAAGCUUGCUGAGCCAAUGUACCCAGGUGCACCAUAUAGUCGCACAUGGAGCCUGUUUAAUGGAAACAUCGGGAUGAAUGACAUAGUGGACGUAAUGAAUGGAGACCCACAACAUCUGAAAUACCCCGUACGUGAUCUUCUCAUCUGGUGCAUUGUCCAGCAUCGUGCAGAACUUUCAGAGGUCUUCUGGAACCUGACACAGGACAGUGUAGCUGGGGCCCUUCUCUGCACUAAGAUUCUAAGAGAACUGGCUAAAGAGGAGGAGGGCAUGGCAAACACGGAGGAAAUGACAUCACUGGCUGAUGUGUAUGAGGGGCGCGCUGUGGGAGUUUUUUCUGAAUGUUUUUCUAAUGACGAGAAACUGUCUGACAAUCUCCUGACACAUGUGUCGGCUGAAUGGGGAAAUGCCUCCGUCCUAGAACUGGCCCAGGAGGCCGAUGCUCAGAUCUUCAUGUCUCAGGUUGGAGUUCAGUUAUCCCUCACGAAUGUCUGGUGGGGGCGGCUGUCGGCUGAUAACAGCGUUUUGCAGGUCUUGCUGUGCAUGUUUCUGUUUCCGCUCAUCUACAGUGGUCUCCUCACCUACAGAACAAGAGCUGGAAAUUCUGUAUCCUGUACCGCGGAGACGCAAUGUGAGCAAGAAGCUAUGGGUGUGCGAUGCGACCAGAAGAAUGUCAUGUGCAGUAAUAUGGGAUCUGCGCUCUGUAGACCCAGACCCUACAGCUGUCUCUGGAAGAUCAUGGCCUUCUUCAACGCCCCAAUAAUCAAGUUCUAUUAUAAUUAUCUGUCAUAUGUCGGCUUCCUGGUGCUCUUUGCUUAUGUGCUGAUAGUUGAUUUCCAGACGUAUCCAUCUUGGAGAGAAUAUCUCUUGUACGCCUGGGUAAUAACCCUCCUGUGUGAGGAGCUGCGACAGUUAUUUUAUGACCCCGCCCAGUACGGGUUUGUGACAAAUGCAUACCGCUACAUCACCAAUUUCUGGAACCAGAUAGAAGUACUUGCAUUGUGUUUCUUUGCUGUGGGGGUCAUCUGCAGAUUGGUCCGCACUGAUACAGUUUAUCUGGGCCGGGUAUUCCUCUCUGUGGACUACAUAUUCUUCUGUAUUCAUCUCUUGCAAGUCUUCACCGUCAGCAGCGUCACAGGGGCUCAGGUUAUCGUUUUUCGCAGACUGCUGAAGGAUACUUACUUCUUCCUCUUCAUUGCGUUCAUUUUGAUGGUGGCCUAUGGAGUUUCAAAGCAGGCGAUCCUAUAUAUUAAUGAAACACGGUGGGACUGGAUCUUCCGCCAUGUCCUCUAUUAUCCCUAUCUAUUAUAUUAUGGGGAUCUUCCAUUAGACGUGGACGGUUUGAACUUUGACGUUACACAAUGUGCACAAAAUACCACUGGUUCCGAUGUUCCUCUGUGCGUCUACAAUGAUGGCAACGGGAACCCUCUAUUUCCACAAUGGUUGACCAUUAUCUUAUUGUGUCUGUUUCUCAUUCUUGGAACCCUUCUUAUAGUGAACAUGGCGAUUGCGGUAAUUGGUUUAGUAUAUAAUGACGUUGAGAGUCACGCAGAUCAGCUCUGGAAGUUCUAUCGCUUUAGUCUAAUAAAAGAAUACAAUGAUCGCCCAGCUUUACCGCCACCAUUCAUCGUGUUUUCCCAUCUGUACCUUCUCCUGAAAUGCGCCAUCUGUAGACAACCACCAUGGGGCUACACAGCACUGAGACGCGUGCUAGAUGAAUGCCAGAAGUCAUCACUGCUGUCCUGGGAAUCCUACAUGAAGGACAACUACCAGCACAAACAGCAACAGCAACAACAGGAGAGCCAGGAAAAUCUGGUGAAGGGAACAUCCAAGCGUGUGUCGGCAGUGAUGCGUCUGGUGAAGAUGAAGAAAAGGGGCAAAGGUCACCGGCUGGAGGGGCGUCUGGCAGUGCUGGAGGAGCAGAUGGAACAGACCACGCAAUACCUCACCUGGAUCAUUUCUGCGCUGACAGAGAACGGCGUUUGCAGCAACACUCUGACUUUAGAUUUUACAGAACCUAAAAGGAUCCUUGCAACCACUACUGACUCAACAGCCUAAGAACAUGGUACCAGUACUGACCUAACAGCUGAGGAACACAGGACCACUACAGACAUUACAACCAAAGAACAUGGGACCACUAAAGACAUUACAGCCAAGGAACACGGGACAAUUACAGACAUUGCAGCCAAGGAAUACAGGACCACUAAAGACAUUACAGCCAAGGAACACAGGACCACUAAAGACAUUA